AUGGAGGGGAUUGACGAGCCGACGCGGCCGAGGGCGUGGGAGGACGAGCAGGACGGCCCCAGCCUUCCCCGGCCGUCCCCCGCGCUGCCCGCCUGGGCGCUCUCCGACGCCGCGCGGGCGGCCCGGGACGGGAAAAGCCCCCCCGAAGACGAGGCCGCGGAGGGCGAUUUCGAAGGAAAUGCGGGUUGGGCCUCGGGGCGGAAGCGGGCGCGUUCGGACGGCCUCUCCGCGCUCCUCUCCCGCACGACGCCGUUGUUGGAGGCGAAAAGUCGGGCGACUCCCGCGGGGGCGGUGGCGGUGGGCGCCGUCCUGCCCCUCCCCCGGGACGCCGCGCGGGUGAUUCAAUGGCACCCCAACGGCCAGCUCGUCCUUGUGGGGGGCAAUCGCCAUCUCUACAUCUUCCACACCGCGGGCAAACUCGUCGAGCGACUUUCCAAGCUGGAGAUCGGCGCCCGGGUGGAAAGCGCCUGCCUGACAAGCUCCGGUGAGGAGGCGUUGGUGGUCGGCCGGGAUUCCUACAUUCCCCAGAUCGUCUCUUUGUCGACGGAGCGGCUGACGGCGCUGCGGUUUUUGGAUACCCGCGGGACUGCGGAGUACCGCAAUGGCCGGCGGGAUCAUUCGAAAAAGGAUUUCACCAUCACGAAGCUCGCCGUGCGGGCGGGGGAUUCGUCGACAUCGAUGCUCGCCCUCGCGAGCGGGCGGACGGUUAAAUUGGCCUCUCUUCGCACCGCCAGCGUCCUCGGUGGUCUCGCUUUUGACGACCCUGUUUGCGAUCUUUGCUUUCCCUCCGCCACGACCCUCGCGAUCGCGGCGGGGCGAAAAGUUUUGCUCUACGAUAUUCGAAAAACGGCAACGUAUGUCUCCACCUUUAAGGACGACGCGAUUUUGGACAUCACAAGUUUUGCCUGGGGGCCGCGUUCGCUCGUGUUGGGCUCCUCCAGUGGGGUCGUCAGCCUCUACGAGGAGGACGGGAAAGGGACGACCCCGGGGGACGGGGGGGGAUUUUCCCUCGUGAAGGGGUUUAUGAACCUGACGACGGCGAUUCAUGGGAUUUGUCUGGGGAAGGACCGCGGUGGCGAGCCCCUUCUUGCGUUUUUCUCACGCUCGCAGAAGGCGGGCUUUCGUUUGGCUUCUUUGCCCUCCUGCGUUGUCGUCCCCGGCUUCCCGUGGACGACGAUGCGGCAUGGCUUCGUACAAUCUAUGGCGAUGGCCCCGACACUUCCGAUUCUUUCCGUGGGAGAGCGACAGAAGGUGACGAAUUAUAUUCUUUAA